UAUUGUCAUUGACGUGAAGAAACGUAUAAUUAAUUAGUGACGUACAUCGAGAGAUCGAGUAAUAACCGAGGUAUUGAGUGAAACGGACAAACGAAGCGUCGGCGAUCAAUGCUAGUUCGCGGGUGUGCCCGUUUGCCCAGCCCCGUGUGUUCCCUUUUUUCCCUUUUGGUCCCCAUAGUAUAUCUGUUUUCUAAGUAGCGGUCAAUCGAUUCAGAUUCCUUUAAACGUCGUAAGAAUAAAGCAAACGUGUCGUGAAACAGGUGGACGAACAGAACGGCGGUAAAAUUUUCAUCAGCGAUGUUGUGAUUUCGAAGGACAACUUCGAUCAAGAAAAUAUCGGUCGAUCAUGAAGUUCAUCGUGUGUAUUAUCUCAACACUGAUACUGCAGGCAUCGGCUUUAAUCCAAUCUCCACCACGGAUAUCCAAACAACCCCCAACAGAUGAGCAGUUAUUUCAAGUGGCUCAAGCGAAGAUUAAUGAGAAUGACAAACCAUUUUUAAUUGAAUGUGAAGCAGAAGGAGAACCUGCUCCAAGGUAUCGAUGGAUUAAAAAUGGAAAGAAUUUUGAGUGGCCAGCAUAUGAUGACCGUAUAUCUCAGCAACCUGGUAGAGGUACACUGGUGAUUUCUAGACCACGAGACGAAGAUCUGGGCCAAUAUCAAUGCUUUGCAGAGAAUGAAUGGGGAAUUGCGACGUCUAAUUCAGUUUUCGUUAGAAAAGCUGAAUUGAACUCGUUCAAAGAUCAGAAUCCUAUAAGUCUGGAUGCAAAUGAAGGACAGCCAUUUAAACUAACUUGCCAACCACCAGAUGGUUGGCCAAAACCAAACGUAUAUUGGUUAAUUCAAGAUACUGCUGGAGGCAUCAAGUCGAUCAAUAAUUCGCGAAUGACUUUAGAUCCUGAAGGGAACCUUUGGUUCAGCAACGUUACAAGAAAUGAUGCUUCUGACGAUUUUUAUUAUGCGUGUGCAGCUACAUCUGUAUUCAGAAAUGAAUAUAAAUUAGGUAAUAGAGUUUUAUUGAACGUUAUCUCUUCGGGAAUAUCUGCUAGUCAAAAUAAAUAUGAACCUGUUAAACAAUAUGUGAGUAGAAAAAAUGAAGUUGCCUUACGCGGCAAAAAAAUUGAAUUAUAUUGCAUACAUGGUGGAACACCAUUACCACAAAUAGUGUGGAGUAAAAAUGGCGAAGUAAUUAGAACUAACGAUAGAAUAAUGCAAGGAAAUUAUGGUAAAUCUUUGAUAAUUAAACAUGUUAAUUCGAAAGACGAAGGAACGUAUACUUGCGAAGCUUCAAACGGAGUGGGUGACGCGAAAUCGUAUUCUAUACAUUUACAAGUAAUGGCGGUACCAUAUUUCACUAUCGAGCCUGAGAUUAUAAAUGCGGCAGAAGACGAAACUGUAGAAUUCAAAUGUGCUGCUAAUGGAGUACCUGUCCCUGAGAUAAAAUGGAUUCAUAAUGGCAAACCAAUAUCAGAAGCACCUCCAAAUCCACGCAGAAAAGUUACACCAAAUUCUAUUAUUAUUGAAAAGUUGACUAAAAAGGAUACAGGAAACUAUGGUUGCAAUGCAACAAAUUCAUUGGGUUAUGUAUACAAGGAUGUGUACGUAAAUGUUUUAGCUUUAGAACCCGAAAUUACUCAACCCCCCGCUGAUAUCGCUACAGUCGAUGGUAAAAUUGUGAGAAUUACUUGCCGUGUAUUUGGAGCACCGAAACCUGCUGUAAAAUGGAUUCGAAAUGGGCAAGAACUAACUGGAGGACGAUACAAGACUUUAGAUUCUGGUGACUUAGAAAUUGAAAACGUAAUAUUCUUAGAUGCAGGCACCUAUACAUGCCAUGCGUCCAAUAAAUUCGGAGAAAUAGAAGCCUCUGGUAAUCUAGCAGUAAAAGAACAUACUAGGAUCACAGAUAAACCAGAAGAUUACGAAGUUGCUGCAGGUUCUACUGCAACUUUUAGAUGUAACGCUGUUACAGAUUCCAGUUUAACACUUACAAUCGAUUGGUUGAGUAACAACGAACCCAUCGAUUUUGAGAUGGAACCACGAUUUAUCCGAAGUACUGAUUAUUCUUUAAUGAUUACAAAAACGACUGAACUAGAUACCGGUACUUACACUUGCGUUGCUCAUACCGAGUUGGAUGAGGCAAAGGCACAAGCUACACUAGUUGUACAAGAUGUACCAAAUCCGCCAAAGUUAGUUAGUGUUAAUUGUGCAGGAACUACAGCUACUAUACAUUGGACUCCAAUGGGUGAUAAUAGAGCACCAAUUGUGAGAUACACUAUUCAACAUAAUACCAGUUUCACUCCAGAUACAUGGGAGAUAUCGAAAGAUGAUGUUCCAUCAACUGAACAAACAUACGAUGUUCCGAUGUCGCCUUGGGCUAACUAUACAUUCCGUGUAUUAGCAUGGAAUAAAGUAGGUCCAUCGUUGCCCUCACCUCAUAGCGAUGUAUGUACUACAUUACAAGACGUUCCUUUCACGAAUCCCGACAACGUUAUGGGCAAGGGAACAACACCACAAAAUCUGGUUAUAUCUUGGACAGUAAUGCCACAAAUUGAACACAAUGCACCCAAAUUCAUGUAUAGAGUAUACUAUAGACGUGACAUACCAGGAGAAAAAUGGACUAUAGAAGACAUACACGAUUGGAAGAAGAACAGUUUGGUUGUGGAUAAUCAACCAACUUAUCAAAGAUAUAAGAUUAAAGUCGUAGCUAUUAAUGAAAGAGGAGAAUGUAGAGUUGCACCUAAAGAAGUAACAGGAUACUCUGGAGAGGAUGUACCAUUGCAAGCACCGAGUAACUUUACGUUAAAUCAAGUAAAGUCGAGUACAAGCGCACAAUUCUCGUGGAAUCCGGUCCCCGAGGAAUCGGUACGGGGUGAAUUACAAGGAUACAAGAUCCAAACGUGGACAGAAAAAGAUGGUGAGAAGGGAAUGCGAGAAAUCGAUAUAAGAGGUGGUAAUAGGACUCAUGCACUGGUUACCAAAUUUGUUCCCUUCAACAAGAACUAUGUUCGAAUAUUAGCGUACAACGGACGAUAUGCUGGGCCACCUUCUGAAACUUUAAGCUUUGACACACCAGAAGGUGUCCCAGGAACAGUUCUCAAUCUUGAGGCGUUCCCAAUGGGUUCCAGUGCUUUGUUUUUAGCAUGGACAAAACCUGCUGAACCAAAUGGUAUCUUGACUGGCUACAGAAUAUAUUAUGAAUCCGUAAAUGGAACCAAACUGGGACCUCUCUUGGAGAGAAAACCGCAUAUUAUAGAUGCAGAAGCCACCAGUGCAAAAUUAGCUGCUCUAGCACCUGAUAUGAAAUAUCGUGUACAUGUUCGAGCAACAACUAAAGUUGGUGAAGGAAAUGAUUACUUUAUCGAGCAAAAAACACGCACAUCUCAACGACCUGAUAUACCCCAAUUCACAUGGGAAGCUAUUCCAAAGGAAAAUGGAUACUCGAAUGUAAGAAUUAUCUGGCAGCUGAAUCUCAAUGGGAAUCCAGGAAGUCACUUUUUUGUAAAGUAUAAACUCAAAGGUGAAACGAUACCACUCCAGACCGAACCAGAAUAUCAAUCGAACACGAUCGAAAUUCGAGGACUUCAAAGUGGUGAAGUUUAUGUAAUGUCUGUCGUUGCUGUUGAUGGUAACUACUUCACAGAAAGCGAACCACAAGAAGUAGAAACGAGUAGCGAAGGACCUAUCAUUCAGCCUAAAGAAAAUGUCGCAACCGCUGGAUGGUUCAUAGGAAUGAUGUUAGCAAUUGCCUUUCUUCUUUUGGUACUUAUAAUAGUAUGCGUUAUUAAACGUAAUAGAGGUGGAAAAUACGCCGUACAUGAAAGAGAAUUAGCUGCUGGGCGCGGCGAUUAUCCAGAUGAAGGCGGUUUUCAUGAAUAUUCGCAACCUUUAGAUACCAAAUCAGCAGGCGGUCGCGCGUCUCUGGCAUCUUCUUCCCAUCAAGAUGGAAAGCAUCCUGAAUCUGAUACUGAUUCUAUGGCAGAAUAUGGAGAGGGAGAUACAGGGCGGUUUACGGAGGACGGUUCUUUCAUUGGACAAUAUGGGCCCAAAGGUAGACCGGAAGAAACACCGCCUAUUCCAAGCGGCACUAUGGCCACAUACGUGUAACCUCUGGUAUUAUCUUAUUCAAACCGCAUAAACAUUGUUUUUUUGUCAGAAGUAAGGUAUCCAAUCCUUACUAGCCGCAGCAUCUCUGCUAUGCACCUUGCGCUGGGCGCAACGUCCAACACUAUACUGCCAAUUAGAUUUUGGUUUUGGGUUUUAUAGUUCACAUAGAAAGAUAAGUAUAAAUGUUUCUAUGUCGAGCCGAGUAAAGGCUAUAUAAGUCAUGCACAACGUUUGUACAUUCGUGUCGUUUAAAAGGUAAUUCCUCGUGGAUAUUUAACACACGUCUAGAUGUGUGUUACUCGAGUGUUUCAGCAAUUUUUUAUAUUUUUGAGAAACGUUGAUCUGCGAUGAUUAUUUCAUCUAUGUGAUUGCGUGUGUUCCAAAGUACAAUUUAUUAGUCGAUCGAAAAUUAUUUACAAUUACUGAAUUUGUUGAGAAGAUCUUUGACUAAUUAUAAAACCCAAAGACGAUAGAGGUGUCUCAUAGCGUGCAAGCUAUUUAUGGACAUAAUAUAGUAGAAAGUAUUCUAGCAUCGAUUGUAACAUUUGACAUGGCCAGAUUGGAAAUUGACACUUCCUGACCAUUACAGGGUAUACGAGUUAUGUUUAUAUUGUUCUAAGUAUGCGUAUCACAAAAAAAGGAAGUAUGAAGCAUUUUUAAGGCUGCAUAUAGGAUUCACGUCUUUCAACUAAAGAUAAUCAGUAUCAAUAAUUAAUUCGUAUUACCCGAAAAUUAGUUAAUACACGGCACAUACUGGUGUUACUUAUAUGCAAUCUUGAAAACGGAAGGACUCUCAUUGAGCAUAGUGUCGCAAUCUGGCCGGGACUGAAACUAACUUUAAUUAAAAAAUGAGAAAAAAGUUGUUCUAAGAACCUUUAGAUGCAAUCAAUUUUUACUCUGCCGACAGUGGGCCAAAUAUAAAGAAUCAGUGACUAUCUACAAUUAUUGUGCACGUGCACUUUCAUUAACGAUACACGAAUAACAAAAGUAUAUGAAAGAUAUUAUUAUUAUUAUUACUAUGAUUAUUAUUAUUAUUAUUACUGCUGCUGCUACUACUACUACUACUAUUACUACUACUACUACUACUACUACUGCUACUACUACUACUACUACUACUACCACUACUUCUACUACUGCUACUACUACUGCUACUACUACUGCUACUACUACUACUGCUACUACUACUACUACUACUGCUACUACUAUUAGAACAUAAAAAAGAACAUUGUACAUGCACUAUGGUAGUUUAAAACGAAAAA